AGACUUUUGGUGUCAAAGAUCAAAAAUUGACUGGUAUGAUGACAACGAAAUGGAUAAUAACAUGCCAUAUCAAGAUAAACAAGGGAGAACCUGUGGAUUUCUGAACAUCCUUGAGAAGGAGUCAUCCACCAACUCAAAACGAAGAUAUUUCAUACUUGAUCCCUGCGAGGAGACACUUAAGUUCUACAAUGACAACCCUAAUAACUUACCCUCUAAUCAACAGAGUCCUUGUGGUGAAAUCAGAACAGCCGUUAUUUCAAAGGUUAGUGAAGUCUCAAAGAAACAGAAGCCAAAGCUGAAUUCCUGCUUUGUUAUAAACCAUGCAGGGAAAACACAAUAUUUACAGGCUGAGAGUACGGAGGAUAUGCAAGGAUGGAUAUAUGCAUUAAAUAACAUCAGUAAAAUAACGGUUCCAGUGGAGGAAUCUAAGAAUUUAAAUGACCCAGAAGCUGGUUACAAAACAGAGAUUGCUGGAGGAGUACCAAUUAAAAUACCAAUAAGGCAUGAGAAUACUAAUGAAUCAGGUGCUUCAAGUGAGAGUGAAGAAAGUAUGGAAAAUCAAAAGAUAAUGGCAUCUUCUCAGCCAGCACUCAAAAAAGGCUACUGUGUCAAGCAGGGGGGCGUGAGGAAAAACUGGAAGAGAAGAUAUUUUGUUGUGAAUGAUGGUGGCCUGGCCUAUUAUAGCAAUGAACAGUCAGAUGAACCUCUAAGGCAUAUACCCAGAGGUGACAUCACUGACGUCAGAAAGGCCACCAUGUCUCCAGGAGCCAGGGACAAUUUAUUUGAAGUUCAUACUUCUAAAAGGACAUUCUACAUACAGUGUGAUACCCCAGAAGAUGUACAGGAAUGGAUAUCAGCAAUAGAAAAACUUAUAAAUAACCAGGCAUCACAGAGAAAAAGCGGAGGUAACCUCGAGCCGGGUGAAGUUGACCUAUCCGUAACCAAAGUCUUCCCCCAGAACAAAUGGGAUGAUCGGUUAAGUAAGUCAAUGUUUGUCAAGAAACCAGGCUCCGUUAACGCAGACAGACAGGCAGGCACAUCAUCCACGUACGCUGUGCACAGUCAAAGUAUGAGGGGUCCAAGAAUGGGGGUCUACUUUCCUCAUAAGUUACGACAGCCAGGGAAUCCCCCCAGUGAGGACGUACCUAGCAGAGUUACCCUUCCUGGAGAAGAUAAGUCACGGAAAGUGGAAAAACCUGAAUCCAAAGCAAAGCCUCCUCUCACAAAGCAACGAAGCUGGUUUCUCUGGUAGAGGCAGAAAAAAGUAUAACCAUCUCAAGAAUGUAAGAAGUCCCCUCUUUGUGAAGAUGUGCUUUUUUUACCAAUUAAAUUUUGAUUUAGUUAUUUACCUUUUAAUAUACCUAAAAUAAGUGAUGAAUUUUAAAAGUUUUAACAAGAAUGACGUAAAUUAUCUAUAGGCUGAGAACACUGUUGGGGAAUAAGAGCACAAUGUACAGUCUUCCAUGUAACAGCAGUUAUUUUCUCAUUCUGAUCUUCUGAACUGUUCUUAUUUUGCUGUUUUCUAAUAACGACAAAAAUUAAAACUUUUAAACGUAAAUUGAUGUCGUGAUUUAAUUUGCUCUCUGUUGUAAACCUAGGCUUUGACAUUAUGAGUCAAGUAAACACAGCUUGUCUAAUAUAAACCUAGCCUUCUGACUUUUGGAGAACGUAAACCUAACCUAAAGACAGAGUAAAAUAAUCCUAGACUUAUGAUAGGGUAACGUAAACCCUAUUCUGUCUCCUGACUGUCAGAAUAACGUAAACCUAGCCCACUGACUGUCAGAGUAACGUAAACCUAGUCUACUGACUGUCGGAGUAACGUAAACCUAGUCUACUGACUGUCAGAGUAACGUAAACCUAGUCUACUGACUGUCAGAGUAACGUAAACCUAGUCUACUGACUGUCAGAAUAACGUAAAACUAGCCCACUGACUGUCAGAGAAACGUAAACCUAGCCAACUCACUGUCAAAGUAACGUAAAACUAGCCCACUGACUGUCAGAGUAACGUAAACCUAGUCUACUCACUGUCAGAGUAACGUAAACCUAGUCUACUCACUGUCAGAGUAACGUAAACCUAGUCUACUCACUGUCAGAGUAACGUAAACCUAGCCAACUGACUGUCAGAGUAACAUAAACCUAGCCUACUGAUUGUCAGAUUUAUGUAAACGUAGUCUACUGACUGUCAGAGUAACGUAAGCCUAGUCAAUAAACUGUCAGAGUAACAUAAACCUAGUCUACUGACUGUCAGAGUAAGAUAAACCUAGUCUACUGACUGUCAGAGUAACGUAAGCCUAGUCAAUUAACUGUCAGAGUAACAUAAACCUAGUCUACUGACUGUCAGAGUAAGAUAAACCUAGCCUACUGACUGUCAGAGUAACGUAAAUCUAGUUUACUGUCAGAGUAACGUAACCGUAGCCUUGUGGGAGUCAGUGUAACGUAAACAAAGCCUACCGUCUGUCAGAGUAACGUAACCUUUAACUGUCAGGAUAAAGCCUUGUGCCAGACAGUGAAACGUAAACGUAGCCUUUUGACUGCCAGAGUAACGGAAAUCUAGACAACUAACUGUCAGAGUAAGGUAAUCGUAGCCUUAUGACAGUUAGUGUAACGUAAACCUAGCCAACUGACUGUCAGAGUACCGUAAACCUAGCCUACUGACUGUCAGGGUAACAUAAACAUAGCCUUACGAAAUGAGGGAACCAGCAAAACACAAUGCACAUUUUUUUGUGUUCCAAAUUAUUUUCAAAGAUUUAAGUAUCAGGGGCGGAUCCAGUAUUUUUUUUCCUGGAUGGUCCAUGUGUCGGACUCGGGAAAACUUUUGAAAAGCAAAAAAAAAGUAAUAAUAAUAAUAAUUAAAUAAAAAAUAAAAAUAAAGAAUAAUUAAAACUUUACCAUUCUUCAUUAGGGAGGGGGGUCUCUGUAGUAAUUUUUUUUUACACUUGUCCGUCUUUUCAGGGGGGAGGGGUUCACGGACAUUUUUUUCGUUACUUUUAAAUUGAAAUUAAAAACUGCAAAUUGCAGGGCCCCCGGGGGGAGGGGUCCGGUCCCCCGACCCCCUAGAUCCGCCACUGAGUGUAUACAUGUAGAACAAACUUUGCCAAGGAUGUUUCAUUCAGAAAGAAGUCAUUUAAAUCAAAUUGCAGAUCGUCGUGGCAGGUCUUCGUGGGUGCCAAUAUUUGUAAUCGAGAUUAAUGUUAUAAAGUGAUCCAGUAUAUCUUUGUAAGUAGUUCUUCCAACAUUUUUUAAAACUUUUGAACACUGCCCUCUCUAAGAUAUAAAUAGUAACCCAAAUUGUGGCUAAUUUUACUUUUCUUUCAAUUCCAAACAUUUUAUUAUUUCUUUGUAGAAAGAGAUAAAACUCUUUCAAUGAUUCCUACAGGAUUUAUUUAUUUUGAUAAUAUACAUUUUACUUAAUCCGUGAUUACAGUGUCUAAAGACAGUAAAUAAAUAUUUGUAUGUGCCAUGCUAUGUAUAUUGUUUCUAUUGUGCAAAUUCUGCAUGUAAAUUGUGAUAACAAAGCUGUAAAUAUAAUGUGAAUAGCUUAUUUAGAACUUUUGUGUAAAAUUAUCACGUGUUAUUGUUUCUUGUUGCUUAUGACUUGCAUUAUACAAGUUUAUUUUUAUGGAUUCAAAUAUAUUAUUAAUUUGAAAUAAAUUUGCCUAAAUUAUGAA